UGUCUAUUUCUCCAUGGAGGAGUGGGAGUAUAUAGAAGGACACAAGGAUCUCUACAAGGACGUCAUGAUGGAGAAGCGGCCACUUCCCAAAAUAAAAGACUUGAACCUGAAGGAUUGUGAAGUCGAGAGUCAUACACUGCCCUUGAUAUCGUCGAAUGUAAACAGUAAUACAACUCCUACGCCCAAUAAAACCAGCCUAAAAAGCUGUAGGAAGAAAUGGCCAAGAAAACGGAAGCUGAAGUGGGUAAGAAAAGCCAAAGCAAGACCCGCCGUUGGUGAAAAAAUGUCAACAUUGUUGAAUCAUGAGUGGUCACAAUGUGCAUCUCCAACGAAGGCAGCUUCUGCUGCUUGUAGUCCUGAUGAUAACUCUCCAGCAAAUAGAAGCCUGUCAGACCCGCGCACGAUUGAACAUUUGUCUCAUAAGAACAGCGAUAGGUGUGCCCAGACGCAACCAGUUUUAAAAAAAAUUAAAUCGGAGUCCCCCUCUGCCACCAGUGCUGGCUUCCUGACCUCAGACGUCUUUGGACCUACAGAAUACAUAGAAGCCAAGGUUCCAUCUGGAGUUAAUGAAGACUUUGGGUCAUACGUGACGUCGUGUUACACAGAUAUUUAUGCUUCAACUGAUCAUCCACAGUGCACCCCUCACAUUAUAAAGGAGGAGCCUGUGUCUUGCGAUGAAGAUGGACAGACGGUUUCUCUACCUGAUCACUGCCCAGCCACAUAUUAUACACAGUGUGUGUCCAAUGGUAUUAAAGAGGAACCAGAUUUAUUUUCAAUAGGACAUAUUGAUGAUUAUGACCCCGCUGGUGCUGAACAAUACAGAUCUGAUUUGGUUAGGAUGGAAUCUGCCUCCCAUGACGUAGGUUCUACGCCCACAGAUUGUUUGCAAAGACCAUGUACAUCCAUGGAACCCAAGCCAAAACAACGUGCCACCUCUAAUCCUGGUAGGACCACAAAUCUUAUAGCAAGUACAAUCGUAGAUGCUUCUCCAAGACAUUAUACAAAUACAGAGUUUUCGCCAACACAAUGCACAGCCAUAAGUCACGCACCCAUAAGUCACGCACCAAGAUAUUGUCCAAACACAGAUCAGUUCAACGUUACAAAGGAAGAAUCUUUCUCUGAUAAAGAAAGCAAUGAUGAUCCUACCCCUAUAGAAUAUUCAGACGCUCAUUAUGCGUUAGUUCAGGGGAGUCUGAACGACAGAAGUAAAAACCGUAGCCAGAAGUGGAGCAAAAAGUUGUCUAUAGCCAACGGACGCGAUUACAACAAAGCCUACUGCGAAAAAACGACUCCUUUGGUCCACCAACCCUCCCUACUCUCACAGACUAGCUACGUCUGCUCCGUAUGCAAGAAGAGUUUCACUUCUGGCUUCGGCUUAGUCAGGCACCAAACGGUCCACAACGGGAAUAAGGUGGCCUGCCCGCAGUGCGGAAAACUGUUUUUCUACAAGUCGAGCCUACUCAUCCACCAGCGCAUUCACACUGGAGAAAAACUUUUUGGCUGCCCUGUCUGUGGGAAAUGCUUCACCAACAAUUCGAACCUUAUUGUCCAUCAACGUAUUCACACCGGAGAGAAGCCCUUUUCUUGCCUGGUGUGUGGGAAACGGUUUGGCCAUAAGGGCCACCUCAACAGGCACGCGAGGACUCACGGCGCUGAAAAAGUGACAGAAAGCAUUGGAGACGAUGAGCCGACCAGUUGGGUGGACCAGCAGGCUCUCAAAAUGUACGACACUAGCUCUUAUUCUGCUUACAACAAAAGACAUCAGAGUGUAGAGUCACCACCACAAUGGUAAAGCCAUCCAUUUUCUAAGCUUUUAUUGAAAAAGAGAAUAAAAAGACAGGGGGCACCACAAAUACGGUUUUUAAUUUUAUAAUCUAAUGCCGCGUACACACGAUCGGAAAUUCCGACAAGAAAACCGUGGGCUAG